ACGUGUUUUUAUUGGUUCAUAUAAUAAAAAUUGAUUUUAAUCUUUGAUAAAAUUGAAAGUAUGCGAAUUGACAAACGUCAUUCAUGAAAUAAAAUCAUGCAAAUACCUUUAACUUUUGUUAGUGAAAACUUACAGUAUUCAGCAGUAUUGUGAAAUGAAUAAUUGAGGUUAAUAAAGCAAUUUGUUUUAUUAGUUUUAAAUGACAUCUAAAAUAUUUCAAAAAAUUUUAUAUUAGUUAUGUAUCGUUUCUAGUAAAAAAAAGUUUUUCUUUCAAUUAAUAUAGAUAAUUUAUACUUAUUUAUUACCUUGAUCCUGAGGUUUAACCUUAAAUAAAUAUCUCAUUAAAAUUAUAAUGUCUUUUUCAUUAUGGAUACAUUAAAGAGUAUAUUAAUAUGUCGUUUAUGUGGGGUUAAUAUUAUAGAAGGAAAAUGUAAAAACAUCUUUGAAGAAUCAGCUGAUUUGGUACAAAAAAUAAAAGAAACAUUACCAAUUUCAAUAUCUAUAGAUGAUAAUGGUUCAAAACAUCUCUGCUUGCCAUGUUACAACAAAAUUAUCCUCCAUUAUAAAUUUAUCCAAGAAGUAGUGGAACAUUCUAAGAAACUUGAAAAUACAUCACAAAUAAAAUCUUUUCUUGAUUUAUCCAAAGAAAUAACAGACUUCUCAAAAAUUCAUAGCGAUGCUGUAUAUACAUGCCCAAACUGCAAUGUAGGUUUAAUGAUUUUAUUAGUUAGUAAUGCACAAGGCUGUGAUUAUACUUUUCAAAUCUCAUUAGCUAUGGUAAAUCAUUCUGAAAAAAAGCAUGUUAUACAAGAAAAGAAUAUUGAGAUACAUAAAAACUUAAUACAUUUCAGUAAUGCUAAGAGCAAUAUGUAUUUGAAACAUGAAAACCAAACAGCUUCUGAAGAUGUUGAAAAUGUUCCUAAUUUAAUAAGUCUUACAUUACCUGUAUUACAGCCAGAAGAAAAUAUAAGUUAUAUUAAUGUGUUAUCUAAUAAAGAAAAUGCAGAAACUGAAGAAUGGAAGAAACAGAAAAGAAAAUUCAAGGAAUCUAAUUGUUACAACCAUUCUACUCGCCCGUCAAAGAUAUCGUGUACAUCUAAUGAGAAUUUACUGAACUGUGAUUAUGAUUCUACAGAUCAGUUAGUAAAAACUGAGCAUGAAAGUGAUAAUGCUUAUUGGUUAGAUAGCGAGACUGAUUGUAAAAGUGGAAAAGAUGAAUAUAUGACUGAAUUGCAAGAUAUUGUAUUAGAAAAAGAUGAUGCACAAGAAGAAGACUUAGAUGAUACAUAUAAAUCUUGUUUAAAAUAUGAAUGCAAAUUAUGUGGUGCACGUUAUCUUUCACAUUUAAAAUAUGAAUUUCAUAUGGAGAGACAUAAAACAGGUAAAAUAUGUAAAUACGAAUGUACAGUAUGCGAUAAAGAAACAACUAGUGAAAAUUUGUUAUGGGAUCACUAUUUUCACACUCAUAAAAGUUCACAACGUUAUAUUUGCUUAGAAUGUGGCAAAUUAUUUACUAAACGGUCUAGAUUGAAUUGUCAUCAAAAAAAUUAUAAACAUUGUGGUAUGAAACAAAUACAAGUUGAUACGAAUAAAGACAUCGCUAAUGAAGAUUUUGUACAAAAGGUAAUAGAAACGGCCAACCAAGAAAAAGUUUCUGUAAACUGUAAUCUCUGUGGUAAAUUAAUUUCAAACCUAGAUCCCGAUGCUAUUAAUGAUUUAGUUACAUGCGUUGAUUGUGAAGAUUCUACACUUUCUUUAAUGGUAGAUGGAAAUGAGACUAAAGUAAUCUCUCCGCGACAAUAUCACUGUUCUAAAUGUCCUAAACACUUUGUACGAAAAGAACGAUUAGAAUUCCAUGAAAUGAGACAUAAUGAAAAUAUGAAUGAAUUUGUUUGUAGUACUUGUGGAAAGGAUUUUAGAGCAGAAAAUUCUUUGUAUGAACACUAUCUCUUUGUUCAUAAAGGAGCAAGACCUCAUAUCUGUGAAUUGUGUGGUAAAUCAUUCCAAUUAAAGGCCAGAUUAAAAGAACACCACAGAAUUCAUACAGGUGAAAGACCAUAUCAGUGUGAUAUCUGUGGUCAACGAUGCAGAACUACAAACGCCUUAAAACUUCAUAGAAAAAUUCACUUUUCCCAUAAUAGAUAUACUUGCAAUGUCUGCAACAAAUCGUUUAGUAAAAAACAAAAUAUGAAUGAACAUUUAGAAAAGCAUUGGAAAAAUGAUAAAAGUGUAACAUUACCACAACUGUUUACGUGUCCGAUUUGUUUAGAAGAUUUUCCGACGUAUCGAAUGUUGAAAUACCAUAUGACAGAAAUCCAUGAAAUAAAUAAUCAGGAUCCAAUUCUAACUAAACAGAAACCAUGGUAUGAAUGUAGUGAAUGUCAUGAGAAGUUUAAGCAUCAGAUGUCCUUGAAAGCGCAUAAAGAGAGAAUACACGAAGGAAGAGUAGAUCCAAAUUAUCAGUGUGACACUUGUAACGCUACUUAUAGAGUAAAACAACUUCUAGUAAAUCAUAUUAAAAGUAAACAUAAUGGUGAAAGACGUUAUAAGUGUGCACAGUGUGAAAAAGGGUUUAAUGACACAAAAUCUUUAUAUAACCAUGUAUUAUUACAUACUGGUAAAAAACCAUUUGUUUGUGAAUAUUGUAACAUGAGUUUUAGGAGAAAAGAUUCUAGAGAUCAUCAUCGUAGGAAACAUACAGGUGAACAACCUUAUCAAUGCCCUGACUGUGGUGAAUCAUUUUCUACCUAUAAUAAUAGAUCGAAACACCGAAAACGAGAACACGGGAAAGAUCCUGAAUGUCCUGAGUGUAGAGAAAAAUGUAGUAAUCAACAAGAAAUUAGAAUUCAUUUAAAUAAACAUCUUGGAGAAAAAUUGAAAAAAUUAAAGAAUUCAAAAGCUGAAAAGACAUAGCUUAAAAAUUACAUCCCACUAAAAUUACAUUGCUCUUAAAUAGAGUGAAAUCUUGAUUAUUUAAUGGAAUUUAAAUGAUUUAAAAAAUUAAAAUGUACCGAUUAAUUAAUACAUAGAAAGAUUAUACAUAUGUAUUAUGAAUCGUACUUAUUGGUACAGAAGAGUGUAUAAAAAUUUAUAUACAUAUCUUGCUGUUCAACUUCGCAAAAAAUAUAAUGUA